UCUGCUUUGCGUGUGGCUGAACGAUGUUCGUUUUCAGGCGAAUUUUACCAUUAGUGACCCACCGGAGAUACGAAAUAUCGUGCCUGAAGCAGACUUUUUCUUCUGAUUCUAAACCGGCACCAUGGCCACGCAAGGUGUUCUCCGGCGUGCAACCAACAGGCGCACUGCACAUUGGCAACUAUCUGGGGGCAGUCAAACGGUGGGUCGAGCUGCAGGAAGCCGGGGAGGAUGUUACGUACUGUAUUGUAGAUUUACAUUCCAUGACCUUGCCACCGGAACCUGAAGCACUACGCCACAACACGCUGCAAAUGACUGCCACUUUGUUGGCCUGCGGUAUAGAUCCGUCCAAGUCCACGCUGUUUCUGCAGUCGGCCGUUCCACAGCAUGCGGAACUGUCGUGGAUAUUAGGGUGUCUCACAACGAUGGCUCGUCUCACGCAUCUGCCACAGUACAAGGAAAAAUCGGCCAAUAUGAAGGAAAUACCGCUCGGGCUGUAUCUUUACCCGGUGCUACAGGCAGCUGACAUUAUGCUUUACAAAGCCACACACGUACCGGUUGGUGAAGAUCAAAUACAGCAACUGCAGCUGGCUCAAUCGCUUUCCCGUGCGUUCAACAACAAGUACGGUCGAACGUUUCCCUUCUGCGAAACGCUAGUAAACGACGGCAGUCGGUUAAAGUCGCUCCGUGAUCCGGCGAAAAAAAUGUCUAAAUCCGAUCCGGACCCAAAGAGCUGCAUUAUGCUGAUCGAUUCACCUGACGCCGUGCUGGAGAAGAUAAAGAAAUCAGUCACCGACUUUCGGUCGGAAGUAACGUUCGAGCCACAGGAACGGCCCGGUGUGUCGAACCUAGUCACCAUCCACUCGUUGGUCAGUGGUAAAACGGUGGACGAGAUUUGUCGCGAAGCGGUGGGGAAAAAUACUGGCCAGUACAAGCUGGUGGUAGCGGAAGCGCUCAUCGAACAUUUGCGACCGAUACGCGAGCGCCUGGAACGGUACACGCGGAAUGUUGGUUAUCUGGCAAGCGUGAUCGAGCAGGGAAGUGAGCGAGCUCGUGCUGUCGCUGAAGUAACGAUCGAUGAAGUAAAGGAAAAAAUUGGGGUGGAUUGCUUCAAUAUUGCGGGGCGAUUGCGAAAAAAUGUGCGCCAUGAAAAUAAAUAA